CGAGCUGCGGAAUCCUUUAAAAACGGAGCAGCGCACUCCUUUGUCACAAUCGACAUCUGAAAGUCUUACAGUAAGUCAUAACAUAAGUUCGCAGUGAAAAUAGUGAAGCAAGAUGGAUCUAACCAAAAUAAACAAAUUCUCGCUUAUUGCAGAGAGAAAGCCAGUCCAAAAUUUGAGGGACCUACCUGUCGACACUCCAUUUAUAAUUUACUCGGCGAAAAUAGUAAAAAGCAAGUUUGGGGAGGUUGUAUUGCUUGAACUAGAAGAAAGCGUGGUUUUCCUACCUGACAGAGUGACAGCAGACUAUAAACCAUUUGUGCAAGAAUUUUCUAGCCAAAAAUAUUCUCUAGUCUACAAAGGCGCCAUCAAUACUGGAAAGCAACAUCCUGCAUCAUCUUUUAAAGUUAUUGAAAAGUAGAAGCAGUACACCAUCCGGACAACAGUCUAGCUUUAGAGGUACAUCCGCUGUAAACUAGCCCUCAGCAACAAUCGUCUGGAACAACAUCACCAUAGCAUCUCUCUGAACCAACCUCAAGCUAGUAACAACGUCUGAAGCCGAUAGGAAAAACAAUAAGUGAGUUUUUAUUUGUUUAUUUUUUUAUUCAAUCAUGAGUGGCAUAGGAGAGUUAAGUUGUGACAUUGUACAAAAUCUAAUUAAAGCGCGAGAUAUUUUGUUUCAAAAUUAUACACCGCGAGAAGCAAAUAUUUGGCUAAAACAUAUUCGGAGACAUUUAACAUUGUUUAAUAAAGCUAUUCGGCUUGGAGACUUGGACAUACCAAAAUUGCGUCAAUUGCAAACAAAAGUUGGACACUUAAAAACAAUUAAAGUGGAAAUUCAAAAAUUUUCUCAUCACGUGGGUGCUGGCAUUAAUAAACGCAGCAAAGUUAAAUGGGAGGAGGUAACUUCAUCGUUUGCAAGUCGGGUUAGAACGGGAAUAAUUAUUAAUUUGACUCAUAAGGACGUAAUGCAAUUUUUCGGUGAUUGUUUCAAGCUUUUUAAAAUUAGAAUUAAAAAUAUUUUAAAAAAAUUUAAUGUAAUAAAAUGUAAUACCGCUUUUUGUGGUCAGUUUAUAAGAAAAGCAAAUCAGGGGGAAAAUAGUGAAUUUAAAUAUUUUAACACAAAAAAUGAAAUCAUAGACGCGGGGACAGACUUGACUUUGUGGUUCCACUCCAACGUAAUUGAUAAACUUAUGGCGAAACUAUCAGAGUUUGAGGAAAAGGGAUCAGGGUGGGCUUUGGAAAAAAUAAUAUCUUUGGAGGUUAAUAUUAACAAAAAUGAAAUCGGGAAUGGGGCGUCAUCCUUCAUUAAGCUACCGGAUCAAAUCAGAAAUAAAAACGCGUGUAUCAAUGUAAAAAACAAUGAUGAGGCGUGCUUUUUUUGGAGUAUAGUUUCAGCGCUGUAUCCCUCCAAAGCAAAUUCUGAUCGAACUAGUUCGUAUCCACAUUACACAACUGUCUUAAAUGUUGAUGGUUUGGAAACACCAAUGACUAUGGGAGGCAUUUCGAAAUUUGAGAAACAAAAUGACAUCUCUGUAAACGUAUAUGGGCUGGAAAUGAAUGUCGCUAAAGAAAGAACAUUUUACGUAACAAUACCGUUAAGGUUGUGUAAAAUUAAAUUAGCUAGACAUGUAAAUUUGCUGAUGAUACAAGAUAAAUAUUUUCCAAAAUUAAACGAUUACGAGGCACCUAUUGAGGAUGAUGAAAUUGUAGAUAUCAAAUACCAUUAUUGCAUGAUAAAGAAUCUGUCGCGGCUUUUAUCUAGGCAAACAAGCAAGCAUAGCCAUAAAAUAUUUGUAUGCGAUAGAUGCCUAAAUUAUUUUAGCAGUUUUGACAGACUAAAUAAUCAUGCAAAAUAUUGUGAGAGAAUCAACGACUGCAAAGUAUCAUUUCCACCAUAUCAACAUGUUGAAUUUAAAAAUCAUGCGUAUAAGCAGACAACGCCUUUUGUUGUAUAUGCAGACUUUGAAGCAAUGCUACAAAAAAUUAAAAAUGGGCCGCUUAAAAGUAAAACAAUUAAACAUCAGGAGCAUAAAGCCUUUAGCGCCGGGUAUUAUGUCAAAUGUUCUUACGAUGAAUCGUUAUCUUUUUAUCGAAGCUACGCAGGUAUGGACUGUCUCGAAUGGUAUGCAAAGGAAAUGGCGGAAUUAGCAACAUUGGUGAAUGGAAAGAUAAAGCAUAUUGUGCCUAUGAAUAUUAAGCCAAACACUAAUGGAGCAACUGAUUUUCAUAUUUGCGAAAAACCAUUUGUAGAAGAUGUGGUUGUUCAAGACCAUUGCCACUUUACAGGAGCUUUCCGAGGAUUUGCACACCAAGUGUGUAAUCUUAACUUUAGAAAACAGUAUGUUGUUCCGAUUUUUUUUCAUAAUCUUAGCGGUUACGACUCACAUUUCAUGAUAAGACAAUUGGCGAAAAAAGGAAGUAUCAGCCUACUCCCAAUAAACAAGGAAAGAUAUAUUUCCUUUACUCUGAACGAUACACAAUCCGCAGUUAAGUUGAGAUUCGUUGAUUCAUUGAGAUUUUUGAAUUCCUCACUGGAUAAACUGGCAACCACAUUAAAUACAGAAGAUUUAAGGUACUUGGCUCGAGAAUUUCCAAAUGCUACCGCAGAACAAAUAGAGUUAUUGAGAAGAAAAGGCGUAUUCCCAUAUGAACACAUUGAUUCUAUGGAUAGGUUAAAGGAAACUCAACUCCCAUCUAUUGAUAAAUUUUAUAGUUCGCUAACAAAUGAAAGCAUCUCUAAAGAUAUGUACCAACAUGCGCAAAACGUUUGGCAAUCAUUUGAUAUUAAAAAUAUUUCGGAAUAUAGCUUGUUAUACAUGAAGACCGAUAUAAUGUUGUUAACUUGCAUCUUUGAAAAUUUCCGACAAAAAUGUCGAGGUACAUACGGUCUUGAUCCUGCCUGGUACUUCACUAUGCCAGGUUUUUCGUGGGAUGCCAUGCUUAAAUAUACAGGUUGCAAAUUGGAGUUGCUGCAGGAUAUCGAUAAAAUCAUGUUUAUCGAAAAAUCUAUUCGAGGUGGAAUUAGUCAAGUGAGUAAUCGAUACUCGGAGGCUAAUAACAAAUAUAUGCCAUCUUACGACUCCUCAAAGCCCAGCAAGUAUGUGGUUUAUUUCAUCAUCCAGCCUCAAAAGUCCACUGCUGAACAUAGGCCUCCUCCCCUCGUUUCCAACCCCAUCUAUCCUGCGCCGCCCUCAUCCAGUUUUUAUUUACCUUUCUUAAGUCAUCAGUCCAUCUUGUAGGCGGUCGACCGACGCUUCUCUUGUCUUCUCUUGGCCUCCAUUCCAAUAACCUCUUCGUCCAUCGCCCAUCUGUCAUUCUGGCUACGUGUCCUGCCCAUCUCCACUUCAACCUGGCUAUCCUCUCGAUGACGUCAGUCACC